UUACUCCUUCAUAGAAAAUUUUUCUAGCAAAUAUAAUCAUGACUCACGAAUUGAAACUUAACCUCAAUUUUUUAAUGGAUCAACUUUCAUCCAAUUGAAACAACGAAAAAUUCUGCAAAAAGAAAAUCGUUGAAAAUUCUCAUUUUGAAUAAAUCACAAACCUUACAAAGGCCGAGUUCCUCGAAUAGAUUGAAUCAAUAAUAGAUUCGAUUCGAUUCAAGGAUGGUCGCGAAGCUUACCUAUUCGUACAUCUCUUCCUAUUCCAUGACAGCCGAUACGUGACGAGAUUUCGCUUCUAAUAGCUAACCACAGCCAGUUUUAACAGAAGUUCCAUGAACUUGUUGUUUGCAGUUUCCUCUUUUUGUUCUUUUUACCACCACCUCCCACUCAAACCGUUCAAUCGUCUUUACAUAUAUCCAGGGUACGUGUGCGUACACAAGGAUCUAUGGAAUCUUCGCGAACACACGUGAAAUCCACAGGGUAUAAAAGCUUGCAAGACCUGUUUUCGCGAUUGCUCGUGUUCCAAGGAAUCCUGUUGCGGGAGAACCACGUCCUAGGGAGUGGACAGUUCAGGACAGUCCUUUUCGGUCUACAGUUCUAGGUACACCGUUUCAGGAAUUCCCAUUGCUCGCGUGACUAAGGUAUUUACGAUGUUAUUUACCAUACUAUUCCUUCCUUUGGUGGUUGCCGCGCCACUCGAGCCAACUAGUAAGAGUUACAUCCUGGAUAUCGAGAAUGGAACCCUAAGGAACGUCCUAUUUCACAGCACACCCCUCGAGGAACUCGAUUUAUCUGGCUUAGGGAUUCGUCACCUGGAAAAGAACGCCUUAGAUAACGUAUCCACGUUAAAAUGGUUGAGCCUCGCCAACAAUUCUCUCGAAUCCCUUCCAGAGUUCAUGUUUUCCAAUCUCUCGAAUCUGGAGUACCUCUCCUUAGCGGAGAACAAUUUGAAGAACCUGGAAUACCUCUUCGUCCGCUUGGAGAAGCUUCGAGUGUUAAACAUCUCUUGCAAUCCCGUGCUUCAUCUUCGCAGAGGACAUUUGUUCGGUCUCACGAAAUCGACCACCAUAUUGACCGAGGGAAAUAAUCUUUGGAGUAUAAGUACCGGUACGUUCACGAAUUCGUUUCUGAAAGACGACGAGGAAUUGAAGAAUUUAGAGAAGAUGAAAGCCGAGCUUACCAUGAUUCAAACGAUAGAGAGUACGGAGACGGAGAUAGAAUUAGCAUCAGAACGCAAUGCGUUGAAUGGUAACAUGCCGACCACAAAGAACGAGAUACUGAAAGAUCAGAAGCUGAAGUUGUGCAUGCCGAAUAACAUAGUUCUUUCUAUAGAACCGCUCGAAAAUAAUUCGGUGGCGAAUGGAUGCUUGGAGAUACCUGUGAACAAAGAGAAAAGAUCGGUCAGUUUGCAAGGACUAGGAAUCAAAGGAUUCCACGAGAAGUGGUAUCAGUUACAAUAUCUUCCGAUAAUUUCCUUAGAUCUGUCCAACAACGAGAUCACGGAGAUCACGAAAGAAUUGCUUAACGAUCUUCCCGAAGAUUUGAUUUAUGUGAACUUGAGAGGAAAUAGAAUCAGAUGCAUAUGGAGCCAGGUGAUCGAAAAUAGACAUUUAAAAAUCUUGAAUCUUAGCAAUAAUUUUCUGGAAAAGAUCGAAGAUGGUGCAUUUGCGAAGACGAACCUAACCUCUCUGACGUUCUUCGAAAAUCAAUUAGAAAGUCUCUCGUUCGUUUCCAGUUUGCCCAGUACUUUGCAAGUUCUCAUAUUGGCAAAGAAUCGAUUCUCCUCCAUCCCUGAUAAAACAUUCGUGAAUCUGCCUAAUCUGAUUUAUUUAAAUUUGGUUAACAAUCAGAUCGAAAGACUUCAGAAUGAUAUUUUUAAAGGAUUAGAUUCGCUUCAGAUUUUGAUUAUCACUAAAAACAGAUUGGUGGAGAUCGAACGUGAUGCAUUCAACGGUCUGAAGCAAUUGACUACUUUGAAUUUUUAUCAAAAUUCUUUGAGAGAACUUCAAAAAGGAACUUUCUCGGGACUGGAAAAUUUGAAAGAUUUAAAUUUAAGCUCGAAUAAGUUACAAAAAAUCACCGCCAAUAUGUUUGCAGACUUACCACAAAAUUUGGGAUACCUUCACAUCGAUUUCAAUGAGAUAAACAGUUUGGAAAAGGGAAGCUUCGUCAAUGUUCCCAGAUUCACGUUGUCUUUAACUGGAAAUAAAAUCUCAACCAUCCCAAGUGGAACUUUCGAUCUACCUACACUUAGAGAUCUUUAUUUAAAUAAUAAUACUUUGACGAUGAUCGACGGUGACAGCUAUGAAGGAUUGCCUCAGUUGAAACAUCUUCUGUUGAUAGAAAAUCAGAUUAAUGAAAUACCGAAGGGUUCUUGCAAGAAUUUAGCCAGCUUGAGUAUAUUGAACAUCUCGAGGAAUCCGAUUCAGAAACUGCAAAAUGGAGCCCUCUACGGAUUGAGUUUGGCAAGAGGAAAUUCCAUAUAUAUUUAUGAAAAUCAGCUGAAAGAAAUUCAAGGUGCAUUAUUCGAGGAUAUCUAAUGGAAUGACUCAUUAAUGAUUUGAUUAAUGACUUGUAUAUUCAUUUAUUUUAAUUCUUAUGAUUUAUGUAAGAAUUAUAAUUCGAUAUGGAAAUAUUGAGGUUAAGAUAUUCUUUCAUACGAAAGGAUCUCUUUUUGUGGUUUUGCUUUAAAUACAUACGUAAGUAGAUGUUUCUGAUAG